UAAUAAAAUUUCAAAUAUAAACAUAUAUUGAUCAUUGUCACCGCGUGGAGGGGAGGGGUUUCGUUGUUUUUAUACACAGUAGAUAAGGAGACUUACGAUCGGUCAAACAGUCUUGGUCUCGGUAACCACCACAUGGUUUCAACAUAACCUAUUAAAUGUUUUGGUGUCUUUCAAACAAGUUUUUCUCAAAAUAUUCAUCAUUAUUAAAAUUAAAAUCAAUAAGUUCACGGUAUUUACAAAAAAUGUCUAAUAUAAAAAUAGGCACCCACAGUGGCUGUUUCCAUUGUGAUGAGGCACUAGCAUGUUUCAUGCUAAAACAACUACCCGCUUAUAAGGAUGCAAGCAUUAUCAGGUCCAGAGAGCAAAAUGUAUUGGACAGUUGUGAGAUUGUUGUGGAUGUAGGGGGUGAAUAUGAUGCCAAUAAACACCGGUAUGAUCACCACAUGAGGGAGUUCAAGGAAACAGCACAGUCAGUUAUGAAAAGGGAUGACUGUAAUUGGGAUAUCAAAUUGAGCAGUGCUGGAUUAGUUUAUUGUCAUUUUGGUCAUCAAGUUAUACGACAAAUGGUGUCCGAAAUUCUCAGUGAUGAUGAUAUUCAUAAUAUAUUCAAACACGUUUAUAAUUCUUUGAUAAAAGAAGUUGAUGCUAUUGAUAAUGGCGUUCCAAUGUUCGAGGGGGAACCUAAGUAUUAUAUCACAACGCAUUUGGGAGCCAGAGUGGCUAGGCUCAAUCCAGCCUGGAAUUCAGUCGAUCUACAACCUGAUGUACAAUUUACUAAGGCCAUGGAUAUGUGCGGAGAGGAAUUUAAGUAUCACGUUAAUUAUGCUGCUAGUGUGUGGCUACCAGCGAGAACAAUCGUCAAACAAGCGAUUGACAACAGAUUUCAGGUUGAUCCAAGUGGAGAAAUCCUCGAGCUUCCCAAACCGGUACCAUGGAAGGACAUUUAUUUUGAAUUGGAGAAAAGUAUGAUUAUUGAUCCUUCCGUCAAAUAUGUUAUUUUUCAAGACAACAAUUGGCGAGUACAAGCAGUACCGGUGGCUCUUGGCUCUUACACCUGCCGCCUCUUUCUACCUGAAAUCUGGGCUGGUUUGAGAGAUGAUCAACUCAGCAAAACAUCUGGAAUUGACGGUUGUAUUUUUGUACACCCGGCGCGUUUUAUUGGAGGCAACAAGACCCGAGAGGGAGCUCUGCAAAUGGCACGAAAAGCUUUACAAAUUGGAAAAAAUCAACAAUGUUUAUAAAGGCUUUCCAGAAUAUUCAUAAUGCCAACUGGUCAAUUUUUUUGUCAUUAAAAAAAAUAAUGUACAUUUUAUUAAAAAAGGAGACAAAAAACACA